UUGGCCGGCAGGCAGGCUUGGAGGCCGGGACCCCGGGGGUGGGCUUCCCCGCAGGGGAGGGACCCGCUCUCACCGUGCAACCCCCCGGGACCCCCCAGCCCGUCCCCUCCCCGGGAUGGGGCACCGCCCGUAAGCAAGCGAGGGGGGCAGAGCCCCCCCAGGACUAACGGAAGCCUUUGCUCUCUUCCAGGGCGGAGACGGCGCCAUGGCCGGGCCCCUCCGAGGUCUCCAGCGGUUGCCAGCCCUGCUCCGCCGCCCCGCCUGGCAGGCCCCUCCGAGGCACGGGCCCCUCCUGCUGCUCGGCUCCUGGGAGAGCCGGGCCCUCGAGGCCCCGCAGGCCAGGUACCUGGCCACGAAGAAGGCCAAAGCGAAAGGAAAAGGCCAGGCCCGCGUGAGCAUCAACGCCUCCUUGGUGGAGGACGUCAUUAACCUGGAAGAGCUGAAUGAGGAGAUGUGCUCUGUGGUCAAAACCCUGCAGGAAAAUUUCAACAAAACUUUGAGCAUCAGAACCAACCCGGGGGCUCUUGAUUCUAUCAUUGUGACAACCAGUGAUGGGAAAUUUCCACUGAACCAGCUUGCGCAAAUCUCCCAACAGUCUCCCCAGCUCCUUGUUGUCAACAUGAGCAGCUUCCCAGAAAGCACAGCUGCGGCUGUCAAGGCGAUCCAACAGAGCGGAAUGAAUCUCAACCCGGAAGCAGAUGGGCUGUUGAUUCGCGUGCCAAUUCCGAAGGUCACCCGUGAACACCGGGAGAACUUGGUUGCGGUUGCCAAGCAGCUCACCCACAAGGCCAAGGAGUCCCUGCGCAAAGUGCGCACUGUGGCCAUCAACCAGACGAAGAAGGCCAAAAGCACCACGUCGGAGGACACCAUCCGGUUAAUAGAGAAACAGAUUCAGCAAAUGGCUGAUGACACCACAGCUGAAAUGGACAAGCUCUUGGCAGCGAAGACGAAGGAGCUGCUUGCGUAGGGACCCUCCCCUUGCUUGGGAAUCAGAGGUUGCCACAGGCUUCUUUCUUCCAGCUCAGUGGUCACAGACCCCCAGACGCGUCUCUACAGCGGUGAUUUUUCACCCGCUGAAACCAGCUUUGGGCAGCAGGUCCAAGGCUCGGAAUUGAGGGAGGAGGCUCAGCUUUGCUGUGGGCCAGAGAAAGAGAAGUUGGCUUUCUGAGGCUUGUAAUCUCAGCUCCGUGAGGACAACAGCGUGGUCCUGCUGCCGAGGAUACAGAAGCAAUUUUGGCAAAAGGAUGCCUAGGAUCACAAGCAGUCAUAACUGAAAUGGCAGUGCCCGUUCUGCCAUCCUGCCUGGCUUUGGGGAAGCCAAAGAUGCAGAGGGGGGUCUUCAUAAAUCUGUCAGGGAUUUCAUAUAUUAAAUAAAGUAGGUCUGAAUGAUCUAAGGACU